AUGCGCAUUCCCUGGGCAAGCUGGUUGCUCGCUGCCUGUAUGGGGACUACAAUCAACGCUUCCAACAUACUAGAAGUGGACCUAGUGUUUCCGCGCAACGAAACAUACGCGCCCACAGAGUGGUUCCCUGUUGUCUUUGCUGUCCAGAAUCCAGAGCGCGCGAGAUACCUGAACCUCGGACUUGAAUAUAUUUUAUGGAAUCUGGAUGACAGCAACGACGUCCGACCCUUCACCCAUGAGCUUAGAUGGGCAAACUGGACCGAUAAGAACCCGUACCUUGCACACGAGUUCACUGGUAUGUUCCGCAACGAGGGUCGGUGGAAAGUGACCUGGACCCUAAUGUGGGAGAGUUGCAACGAGUAUGCCUUUGAAAAUCAUCGUGACGUCAGAAAUAUGAUCAGCAACAUGACUAGUUGGUCAACCUGGUUCACCACUCAGAGUACCGCCCCUAAGGUAGAUCUCGUUGCUGCUACAGCCAACAAGACAUGCCUAGGGCAAUACGGCAUGGCAAUCAAUGUGACCGACAAAACUAUGCAAGUCCCCCAGGGUGUGACUUGGUCUGGCGGUGGCUAUACCAACGACACAUGCGUAGUGGUCGCGUCGUCCACCCAGACUCCUAGACCGGAUCCUUGCCGCGUCGAUAUUGACAAGACCAUUGUCGCAAGCAUGGAGGCCUCUUUGAAAAACCGCUUGUGCAACUGGUUAGAUCCACCAGCUGAUUGCCCUAAGGAUGACAAGAAUGCCGGGCAACAACUGGCUGUGGCUGGCGUAUCCUGCUUGCUCGCUGCAUUUGGGGCGUUGGGGUUCUUUCUUAUGUAA